CAGCGUAUCGACACUCUCAAAGUUGUACUGCCACGACUUUAUCUUGUUUCCGUUUCGUCCUUAUUUGAGAGCAAGGGAUUGCAUCAUGAAGAAUGCCACCAAUCGAGCAAGCUCCGGGGACACACGGAGGGAGUCGGCGAUGAGUGGCAUCUGGAGCUCCGUGCGGUGGUGGGACGAAUGGCAGAUGCGCGUCCUGGUCGCCGGCAGCCUCCUGAUGCAGUGGUUCCUCCUGCUGGCGGCGCCGAUGCGCAAGUACACCAUCCAGACCUGGCUCCGGCGGCUCAUCUGGCUGGUGUACAUCAGCUGCGACGCCCUGGCUAUCUACGCGCUCGCCACCCUCUUCAACCGCCAGGCCAAGGCCAGCAGCCCCUGCAACACCGUGCUCUGGGCGCCGGUGCUCCUCAUCCACCUCGGCGGCCGGGAGAAGAUCACCGCCUACGACAUCGAGGACAACGAGAUGUGGACACGCCACACAGUGACGCUUGUGUCGCAGGUCACCGUCGCCCUCUACGCCUCCUACAAGACGUGGCCCGACACGGGCGACCGCCGGCUGCUCUGGUCCGCGGUCCUGCUCUUCUUCAUCGGGAUCCUCAGCUUCUGCGAGAAGCCGUGGGCGCUCCGGCGGGCCAGCAUCAACCGCCUCGUCUCCGUCUACUCCUCGCUCGCCGCCGGGGAGCGGCAGAAGCCCACGUCGGCGUGGGAGUACCUCUUCACCGAGCUCGACUUCGGCGGCGGGUCCAUUGUCGGGGUCAAGAGGAAGCCGCGGAGCACGAUCCUGUCGGAGGGCCACAAGGUCCAGAUGAUCCUCUCCGACAUGUCGCUGGGCGCCGCCGCCACCGCUCAGAAGAGCCGGGGCCUUCCGGAGGAGGACGUCCUGGGCACGCUCGACCCCGGCGCGGAGAAGAACAUGAAGCACUGGCUGCGCCGGGCGUUCGGGCUCAUCUACACCAGGGCCAACGUGGUGUCCACGCCGGCGUACCUGGCCUGCCACGUCCUGCUGGUGCCGUCGCUGCACGCCACCGCCAUCGCCCUCUUCGCGACGAGCCACAAGCACGCAUACAAGCAGUUAAAUGCUGCCGACGUCAAGAUGACUUACGUCAUCCUAAGGUUCACCGCGGUGCUCGACGUCUUUGGGGUGCCCAUCAGCGAGCUCCUGUACUGGGUCCUAUCCAAGACCAAGAUCCCCGCGCUGUGCGAGACGCUCCCAGGCGACAAUCUCAUCGACGCGGUCCAGAAGGUGAAGAACCCCAGGACCGGACGGUUGAUCAAGUGGGCCAGGAGCCUCGGAUACAAGGGACGCUUCUUCCACCGCGACAACCGCAGCAACAAUCUCUACGGCAAGGUCGCCGGGUUUGUGGUACAGGAGCUCUUGGGGGACAAGGUGCAAGGCCUUGACCUCGCCAGCUACAGGGAUAUAGACAAGAAGAAGAAUUGGGCUCUGAAGAAGCUCGAGGUGUUGUUCAUCAACACCGACACAGCGAUCUGGAAGAGCCUGCGCCAGCUGCCAUUCGACGAGAGCGUCCUCCGGUGGCACAUCGCCACUGACCUUUGCUGCCGCCUCAGCCCUCCGCCCAAGGGGCUAAAUGCCCUCACCUACACCCACAGCAAAUGCGCGGCGGAGAUCUCCAACUACAUGGCGCACCUGCUCAACUGCCGGCCGGACAUGCUGAUGACCGGCAGCCGGCAGUACCUCUUCAACGAGGCCCUCCGGAGCAUGGGCUCCAUGGGCAGAGUGGUAUGGCGGAGCAUCGACGACGCCAAGGACGCCUGCAGCAAGCACGCCCUCAUCAAGGAGUCCUGGAAUCUCGCCAAGGAGCUGGUGGAGCUUGGCGACGACAAGACCCGGUGGGAGAUCAUGUACAGGGUGUGGGUUGGGCUCCUCUGCUACUCGGCCAGCAUGUGCAGGGGCUACCAGCACGCCAAGAGCCUCGGCGAAGGCGGCGAGUUCCUCUCCUUCGUGUGGCUCGUCAUCGCGCUCAAGGGGGCCAAGACAUUGGCCGACAAGCUUCAGAUGCCGGACGAUGAAGGAGCCACCCAAGGAGCCACCCAAGAAGCCACUCAAGGAAUCGACUUGUCUAAAUUUGAUUGAAACUGAGUGUGUUUGUUUUCUGGCGUGCUUGGUUGACACUAGGGUGUUCUACGUAAGACGCCCUUGCAUUGUUUACGUGUGCUUACUUUUGAGUUAGUUGCAGGCUUCUCAUUGGCUGGGAGGGGCUUGUUGCAAUUCGUCAUUUGUAUCUGCGCAUUAGAAUUGAGUCAUUGACUAGCAAAAAUGCGUGUGCGUUGCUAUGGGCAGAGGUUCAUAUAUUGCACUGUAAUAUUAAACAUGAUUUUAUAAAAGUGUGACGUGUUAUAUA